CAGUGGUUUCAGAUGGCCCGUUAUUAAGACAUUGCAGAACCCAGGUCAUGGUUUUGCAAAGUCCAGUCAUAACAUCAUUUACGUCACAUAGGCUGUUUGUGUUGCAUAUUUAAAGGUAUACUGACGUUUUGAAAGCGGGCCAGUAAUCAUUUUGGUCUGAUUGAUCUUCCUCUGUUUGUCUGGGGCUGGUGAAUGUUUUUCUCAGAGCGAGGACAGGUGCUACUCCUCUCUCUGGAACCAAUCAGUGGCAAGGCUAGAGUUCACCUCUAUAUCAGCUCUGCAGUCAAACAUAACGCUUAUUCAAAAACAGCUGAAAGAAAGUAUUUGAAGGUUUUUACAGCAGAGCAACUUUUGAAGACGUUCUACACUGGAUUUCACGGCUUCUCCUGCAGUCAUGGCACCAAUUUUACUUAACUGCAUGGGAAAUGACCACAAUGAAUAUAUCAAACAACAUGUGCAAGUGAAAAAUCCCAACUUGGACACCAUGGAGGAGGAUAUUCUCUACCACUUCAGCUUGAGCACCAAAACUCACAACCUUCCAGAAAUGUUCGGAGAUAUUAAGUUUGUGUGUGUUGGUGGCAGCGCAAAUCGAAUGAAGGCUUUUGCCCAGUUCAUCCACCAGGAGUUGGAACUGCCUGGAAACCCAGAGGAAGUCAGAGAUAUCUGUGAGGGAACUGAUCGCUACUGCAUGUAUAAAGUGGGACCAGUGCUUUCUAUAAGUCAUGGCAUGGGUGUCCCUUCCAUCUCCAUCAUGCUACAUGAGCUCAUCAAACUGCUGCACCAUGCCCAAUGCCAGGAUGUGGUCCUGUUUCGCCUUGGAACAUCUGGUGGAGUCGGUCUCGCUCCGGGGACAGUGGUGAUCACGGAUAAGGCAGUGGACUACUCCUUCCGUCCCCAGUUUGAACAGGUGGUCCUGGGCAAAGUCAUCACCAGGAAUACUGAGCUGGAUGAGGGAGUGUCCAACGAGCUUCUGCAGUGCUCCUAUGAGCUUCAGAACUUUCCGACAGUGAUUGGAAACACCAUGUGCACCCAUGACUUCUAUGAAGGUCAAGGUCGACUUGACGGCGCUCUCUGUUCCUUCUCUCAAGAAGAAAAACUGGAGUAUCUGAGGAAAGCUUAUGAGGCUGGAGUGAGGAAUAUUGAAAUGGAGUCCACCGUGUUUGCUGCUAUGUGCCGCGUCUGUGGCCUCAAAGCGGCUGUAAUCUGUGUUGCAUUGCUGAAUCGCUUUGAGGGUGACCAGAUCACUUCUCCUCAUGAUGUUCUGGUGGAGUACCAGCAGAGACCACAAGUCCUGGUGUCCCACUUUAUCAAGAAACGCCUUGGACAUAUUGAAUGAGAACCCUGCAUCUCCCAUCCCCACCCCAGUUUCCCAUACAGUGUAUAUAGCUUUGACUGAUAUGUGAAUAUUUAUAGGCCUACUGUAUAUACUGUACUUAAAGGGUUAAGAAUUAAUAUUAGACACUUAUUUAAAAAGCUGUUAAAAAAUGUAUGAUUUCUAUGAUGAAGUAUGUGUUGUAGCCUUUAAUAUUUAAUACUCUGGUGCUUAUAUAAAGUAACAUUAAUUUAAAAAAAAAUGUUAUCUGUAUGUUGAUUGUAGUUUUUGACUUACACUUAACAACUCUGCCAAGGAAUGCAAAUGUGUUUCAGCAUCUGGUAGUCUGUCUGAUGAAAUCUCAAAAGAUGUCCAGAUUGUUUUUUGGAAAAUGAACAACUGAUUACUGACUUAUAGACAAGUAUCAUUUCAGUUACAAAUAAACUACCAAUCACACAGAUGUAGAGACAAUUCCAAAAUAUGAGGGGGAUGCUUGUUGCAUCAAAACCACUGGAACAAAAGUCUCUGGGUAUCACGUGAUACUGUUGCAAAUCAGGAAGUGAUUCACUAUUAGUUGAGUUUAGUGGCCUCUUUUUUAGACGAGAAAAAGUUAUUCCUUCGAUAUUUUUCUUCUGAUACAAGACAAUGAGAAUAUAUUUCAGUGAUUAGUGUGUUAUUAAAUGAUCGGAGACAUACAUUGGAUUUAGUAGCUUCUGCCAUAUAAUCUUGUCAAUACAAAAUGCAAACUGCAUGUUUAUCAUCACUAAGAGAAACUGUAUGACACUGUAUUUUCUCAUGUGGUGCUGUAGAGAAUGAUACCUACAAUAAAAGUCAAUAACAGCA